AUGGCGCUGACAUCGUGGAAGUUGUUUCGCUUCUUCGAUGUCUCCCAGGUUCAGCUUCCUGAAGGAGACGGAUCCGUGGCGCUUGAUCAAACGAGCGCCUCAUGCAUAGAAGCCGGCUCUAGUAAUAUAUUCGUUGGCACGCCUCAUGGUUUGGUGCACUGCCUGGACCAGAACUUCAAGGUGACGCGAUCCUGGAAGGCGCAUCAGUAUGGGGUAGUCAACAACAUCAAACAAGUCCCGGGAACGGCCUAUGUCUUUACCACUGCUGAAGACCUGACCCAGGAACCGGAAUUGAAGGUCUGGAACUUGGAUGAGAUUGAAAGGCGGACUGGCCAUCCCAGGUGCCUAUGUACGCUCACGGUCCAGAAUGGCCGGAAGAAUGAUCCCAUCACUGCUUUCGCGGUGACGAAUGAUGUCACACAGCUGGCCGUAGGGUUUGGCAAUGGUGCUGUGACUGUGGUGCGUGGGGACUUUAUUCACGACAGAGGCACGAAACAACGUACCGUUUUUGAGUCCAAGGAGCCAAUUACCGGACUGGAGUUUCGAGAAGCCAAUAUCACCGCUCUGUACAUCGCGACCACUUCCCGCAUCUUGGCCCUACAGAUCACCGGCAACCGUCAGGGCACCCCGGCCAAGUCGGUUGACGAACAUGGAUGUGAUGUUGGCUGUAUGACACUCGAACCAGAGUCCAACGACAUUGUGGUCGCUCGCGACGAUGCCAUCUACUUCUACAGACCUCGCUCAACGCCCACCACGUACGCGUACCAAGGUGCGAAGAAGUUGGUGCAGGUUAGCAAGGACUACGUGCUCCUCGUCUCCCCUCCCAAGAGCGGCUUGACAAAGUCCGCCCCACUGCGAGCGUUUGCGGGCUCGCAAGCAGACGACAUUCUCAACACCUCGAGCCUUACAAUUCUGAACACCGAUCUCCGGUUCAUCGCCCACCAAGAAUCUCUAUCCAGCCAGGUGAAAUGUCUGCUCAGCAUGUGGGGCGACAUCUUUCUCUUCACGAUCGAUGGCAAAGUCUACCGCUACCAUGAAAAGACGUUCCAGCAGAAGCUGGACAUUCUCUACCAGCGCAAUUUGUUUCCCCAGGCUAUCAACAUGGCGCAGAAAUACAGAGUCGACAAAGUACAGCAGAAUAUCAUCUAUCGCAAGUUUGGCGACUACCUCUAUCAAAAGGGUGAUUACGACACGGCCAUGCAGCAAUACUUGAGCGCAAUUGACAACACUGAACCCUCGCAUAUCAUCCGCAAAUUCCUGGACAAUCAAACAAUCAAACAUUUGAUUGAAUAUCUCGAAGAGCUGCAUGAACAUGGCAAAGCGACUUCAGAUCACACGACGCUCCUGCUGAAUUGCUACGCAAAGCUGGAGAAUAUCGACAAGCUCGAGGCAUUCAUUCGGCAACCUGGUGACCUCAAAUUUGAUCUGGACACGGCCAUCGUGAUGUGCAGACAAGGCGGCUACUACGAUCAGGCUGCUUUCCUGGCCAGGCGACACAAUGAGCACAGCCUCGUUGUCGAUAUUCUGGUGGAAGAUCUGAAGAAGUACGCAGAGGCACUUGCCUACAUUGUAAGACUGGAGCCGACCACGGCUUACCCGAUCUUCAUGAGGUAUGGCGUGGUCUUGCUUGAGCAUUGCGGGAGAGAUGCGACACAGCUCUUCAUCGAUUACUUCACCGGUGUCUUCAAGCCGAAGAAAGACGCUUUGAUUGUGCAAGAAGCACCCGCCGCGCAGGAAAGUGGCGGCUUCGGCACCAUUGCACAGUCUGCGGUCCAGAACCUGGCUGCCUUGAUUCCGCUGCCUUACAUGAGUAUGAACACCUCGAAACCACGGACGCCGGAGGACGGCUCAAAAACCAUGGUCAAUAAAGUCGUAGAGACAACGACCGAGGCCGACUUUAUCGAGUACGAGAUCCCGAAGCCUCGCGCCGCAUUCCCUGCGUUUGUGGACCACGCCGAUGAGUUCAUCGUCUUCCUCGAGGCAUGCACUGAGAGUGACAACGUGAAGCCCGAGGACAAGUCUGAUCUGUUCACGUCGCUGUUCGAGAUGUACUUGCACAAAGCAAGCAACACGACUGGAAGCGAGAAGGCGGAGUGGGAGCGUAAAGCAAGAGUGUUGAUUGAAUCGCAGAGCGUGCCGAUCGACACUUCCAGCGUCUUACUGCUUUCCGAUCUUGAGAAGUUCCGGGACGGCACAAUCUUGGUCAGCGAAAAGCAAGGACGGCGCUUUGAUGUGUUUCGAUCGUACACCACUGCCCUCGACACUCGUGGCGCGAUCAAGGCGCUACACAAAUACGGCCCAGAGGAGCCUCAGCUAUACCCUGCGGCGCUCGCAUACUUCACCAGCUCACCCGAGAUCUUAGAAGAGGCGGGGUCGGAGGUCGGGGUGGUGUUGAAGAAGAUCAGCGAUGACGGACUGAUGGCGCCGCUGCAAGUCAUCCAAACGCUGAGCACGAACGCCGUUGCGACAAUGGGGCUCGUAAAGGAGUACCUAUCCGCGACAGUAGAGAAGGAGAAGAAAGAGAUUUCCGACAACCGCAACGCCAUCGCCGGCUACCGAAAAGACACCACGAACAAACUCCAGGAGAUCGACGAGCUCUCCAGCAAACCGACGGCGUUCAACGCCACGCGCUGCUCGUACUGCGGCGUCACUCUCGACCUGCCUACCGUACACUUCCUCUGCAAGCACUCUUUCCAUCAGCGGUGUUUGGACACCGGGGAAGGCCAGGGUGUGAAUGAUGUUGAGUGUCCGAAGUGCGCGGCGGAGAAUGAGGCGGUCAAGGAGAUUCGGCGGGCUCAAUUGGAGCGGGCGGGGAAGCAUGAUUUGUUCACGCUUGCGUUGAAUCAGAGUAGUGAUAAGUUUGGCACUGUGAGCGAGUGGUUUGGGCGAGGUGUGAUGGAUGUGCAGCCUGCUGUGGCGGACUGA